AUGGAUCUGUCUUUUAUGGCCGCUCAGUUGCCCAUGAUGGGAGGAGCGUUCAUGGACUCACCCAAUGAGGACUUCAGUACCGAAUACUCGCUGUUUAAUUCCCCUGGCAACGCCCACUCGACAUCCAACGGCCACGGGCAGCCCGAGGAGUCUCCUCGCUCCUCCAACGAUGCUGUUCUGCUGUGGAUCGCCAUCAUAGCAACUCUGGGGAACAUAGUGGUGGUAGGGGUGGUGUAUGCCUUCACCUUCUGA